AUGACUACGGGUAAACAACUCCGGGAGGAGUUCACACAAGGCAAACUGGUAUGUCAAUCACCUUUGCAAUCGGCCAUAUUCAAUUUUCAAAGUCUUAUUUCUGUGAUAUUGCUGCUUAUCUGCACCUGUGCCUAUAUAAGAUCUUUUGCUCCAAAACUGAUUGACCGAAAUAAGGAAGGGUUGCUUGGAGUGUUCUGGAAGUUGGCUCGUAUUGGCGAGCGAUUGAGUCCUUGGGUAGCUGCGAGCUGUUUUUGUAUGGCCUUUGUUGUCCUGUUUCUGUAA